UAGAUCUCGUUAAACUCGCCGGCAGCUAGCUGGCUGCGACGUGGCGCACUGUAGUCGCUUUCUUUUCUGAUCGGUCAGUCAAUGAGUAUGGCUCUGCGCGAGUGGUACGCGAACCGCGAGCUCCUCCUCACCGGUGUGACCAGCGACGUGGGGACAGCGUUGAUCGAGAAGAUUCUACGCUCUUUUCGCAACGCGACGGUGUACGUCGUGCUCAGAUCUCACAACGGAUCCGAUAAAGACGACAGAAUCAAGCAGAUCUUCUCGACGCCCCGGUUCGAGAGGCUGCGGCAGGAAGAUCCGAACGCGAUUACUCGCGUGAAAGCUUUGGAGGGGAACCUGAUGGCCGAUGAGCUGGGUAUGAGCGAAGAGGACCGGAAGCUGCUGCAGAACGUGAGCGUCGCGUUUCACGCAGCCGGGCCGCACGACGCGAUGUUCGAGUUCUGCCAGGAGCUGCCGCGCCUCGAGACGCUCGUCGCGAUCUCCUGCAUUUUUCGUCACAAGGGGACGAUCGCGGAGGCGUUGCAGAACGAACGCGUGCCGGACUGCUCGUUGGCGCUGCUCCGCGUGCCGCUGGUCGGCCCCGCGCUCCACGAGCCCAUGCCAGGCUUCGUCGGCAACUUCAAAGGACCGGCGGCUUUUAUGGUGGGAGCGGGCCUCGCCCUCGGCGAAUCUGAGUUUCAAGCGGAAAUCAUUCCAAUCGACCUGACGGUCAACACCCUCAUCGCCGUUGCUUGGGAACGAGCCACCGCAAAGAACGUGCAGGGACCAGUGGUGUAUAACGCGGUGCCCAUCGGAUGCACGUGGAAGGAGCUGAUUAACAAGGGCGGACAGGGCAACCGGAAGUUUACAUACCCGACUUUCGGGUUCCGCGGUAUGACGUCUUCGGCAGUCUUGCACUGGAUUCUGGUGCUGCUUUUUGAAUGGUUGCCAUCCGCAGUUAGCGACACGAUUCUCGGCCUCUGCGGAGCGAGGAAAAGGCUUCUACGAGAGCACGAGAGAGUUCGUAAUGCGCUUCGAUCCCUUGAGUCAAUUUCGUCGAGGCCGUGGUCAGCAGAGAGGAAUCGCGUGUAUCUGCUGCAGCAGCGUCUCACCCGAGAAGACCAAGAUGCAUUUCCGGUUGCCACGGAAAUCGACAUCGAGAGUUACGUACUCUGCACAGCCGCCUCCGCGAGGAAGCAUUGCGUCGACCAGACCAAUAUCUGGCUCGUGAAAAUCUUUCGACUACUUUUCCUCUUCGUAUUCGCGGCGGCACUGUUCGCCGCGUUCUUCUAUAGACACCGUGCUUUCAUCAGAGACCGUAAACUCUGAGGAAAUUCCAGCUCCGAGGAGAUUCCGGAGGACAUCGUCCGUAAUAUACGGAAGUGUAAUCUCCCGGUAAUACGCUGCUUCCUGCAACGUUUCACUUUUCAGAAGGUGGUUGCCCAUUGUUAUUAGGUUCAUCCCGCGUGACGCGUAUGUACGCGGACGUUUAUCGAAUUGUUGGCCUCUCGAGCGACGUUACGAAGAGAAAGUCGAGUCGAUCGUUGACGAGGUACACGAUCGAAGCGGAAGCUUACUCCAUCCUAGUUGCGCAACAAUUAUCUCGAUGUUUGCGGUGACGCGUAGACGAUCGCGACGCGAUCUCGAGCGGCCAACAAUUUCUGCUUCGAACGUAGCGUGCCGUGAAUGCCCCCGUGAAACGUAUGGAACGCGCUCGUUCUUUCCUUCCGAUAUACAUUACGUAUUCCAGCCGAAUCGUUCGAGUCGAAGCGAGAAAAGAGUUUAGAAGUCGAACGCUUUUGUGUACGCAUCGCCCGUGAAGGUUUUCGAAAACUCGGGACUCGAGAAGCAUUACGUCGGUGAGCGCUGUAUUCGCUGAGAACGAAGGGGAAGCUUGCUUAACUCGCUAAAACGCCAAGUAAUUUCCCUCGAAGGAAGUUCUGCUCCUUUAAAAAGAAGACAUCAUUUACGAACGGAAGUACGAUCUUUGUUCUUUUUCCUCUCUUCCCUCGGUUGAAAUCGUGGCACGAAUGUAACCGUAUAAUAACGCCAGGACCCAACGAGUUCAUUUGAAUGCUGGUCUCGCGGACCGGGUCAACGGUAUUUCUCGAACUGCUCACCGAAUAAUUGGCGGGGAGGUUUGCGUAGGAGGAAAGGCAACCACCGCGUCGCACACCGCCGCGUGGAGCCAUUUCAUCGGACCCUGUCCCCUAUUCCUCCAUCAAUUAUACAUUACGUUGAAAAGAAGAUUCGCACUUGAAUUGCGCACCUUGGAUUCGUCCCGAUUCGGUGUUCGCUCGGACGAAUCUCGAAACGUUUAUUAAACGUUCCUGUUCCCGGGGACGUGGAAAGGUUUACCGUAACGAGGUGACGAACGGUCGCGCGGACUGCGCAAGAAUCUCUAGGUACCUUCAGCGAGAAAGUAUUCCCGGCGUGUUCACGGGAGAGGGCCAGUUUUAAUUUCAAAUGUCCAUCCGCGUCGGUGUUAUUAGCUAGGUCAGUUUAAUCUCCGUUUACGAGCGACGCUUGUUUCCACUCCCAUCUCCAACCGCGCCGGUUAAUGUUAUUCAUCGUUUUUAUUCCCCAUCUCGCGCGCCGAGCAAACACGUUCGCGCUCCGUCCCUCCGCGGAGAGCGAACCAAUGAAGCCAGGCCACCCGAUACGCUCGUAAAACUCGAGUCCAGAAUCGUAAUUUGCCGUGGUAAUUAGCAUUGUUACUAGAUACCGGCCAGAGGGUACCCAUUCGCCGGCGUAAACUCCGGGAGUUUCAGCUCCAAACAUUUUCAAGUACCCACCGUGAGAUUCAAUUAUCGCGUCGAUAAACCCCGGGACAUCGACGAACAGUUGCUCGGCCGAGCAACUCGACGAAACACGACGAGCCGCGACUUUAUUCCCCCGUUUACCGUGCGAGUAACCGGAACGCGUUCCGCUGCGGGAAAAAUGAUCCGGCGGCUACCUUUAACCGCAUUUCGUUCGAGGAAAUAGAAACAGGAGUGAAAGGAAAUUAGGUAAACGGAAAGAUUGCCGGAGGUUCGAGCGGGUAUCGUACGGCUAAAUGUAAUCGAGGUUGCAGAGUCGCGCGGGAACGCGUUUGACGAAUACACGGGUAUUCAAUGUAUCGAAUGUGUAAAUAUGCCUGUAGCCGAGCGGAGUGGGUAGCAAAUAUUCGUGAGAAUCGUGCAAGGCGCCUAUGCAGGAGAGAAUGGUAUUCUGGUGAAAGUUCGCCGGGGAACAUCUACUUGCCUUCGCGCUCGGAGCCAAGAAACACAUAUCUCUCGCGUGUUUCCCCUUACGUAACGCAUUUCACCGAGUCACGCUUAUCGAGCCGGCCGAUCCACGGCCGAGCAAAAAUACCAAAGGAACAACCAAGGUAGGUACCGUGUCCGGUAAACGAUACACCGGCCUUCCGAUCGUUAAGUAGCAGCCGUUAAUUAACGCCGUCUCUCCGAAGACGCAACGGAUCGAUGCGAAACCAGAUAACAUCGUCCUGUUUUUCGCCGUCGCUUUUUACACGCUGGACCGCCCCGUCGAAGCUGGCGACAAAUUAUCGUCGUUACUGUUUACAUCGACGCGCGCGAUGAAUGAAUAACGACGGCGUUUCGAAGAAGUUCCUCGAACGGAUUAGCCGAGAUUCGCGCGAGUGAAAUUCCAGAUUUUCUUGCAGCGUUAACCCGCGUCAUAAUAUUCUCGGCGCGAUGUAAACUCGGAAAAUUGUUCGGGCUCCGUGAGACUCGUUGUCAAGAUAAACUUCGAGCUACAGGGAUUCGAAUAAAUCGCGUGGCCGUGGAAACAUCUCGCGAGUAAACAAAACGGGCGCAGUUCGGCGCGAUCGCGAUAAAGGUGUGCGUGUUUUCAAGUGUAUGCGCGCCGGCCGAUUAUAAAAUUCAGGGGAAUGAUAAGAAAUUACUAAUCUACUAUGCUAAUCGCCGGACGGCCGUCGUCUGAGAAAGUAAAAAGGGCCGGUGCAAUUUGCAUCGCAGAUUUGAAAAUCUCCUCGACGCCCGCCUUGUUGUUCUAAGAACGUUGAAUAUGGAGUUGCUCGUCCGCAUCCGCCGCGCGUCUGCUGGGCGUUUCCUUCGAUUCGUAAUUGCACCGCGUUUUCCGAGCCGACGGAUCGGUUGCCGUUUUACGAGAAAUCUUCGGCCCAAUUCGGCGCCGUUAGAUGAAAGUUGAACCGUCGCGUCCGUGAACUGGGCACGUAUUAAUCGCGAGAAACGACGGUCCUUAAUGCCGUCGUGGGCGUAACGGAGAAGCUAUAACUCGCGCCGUUUUGCUCGGUCCCUUUCCCAUCGGAAACUCGGUUCGCGUGACUGCGUACGGCGGCAGCCACGGAUCCGAGUUAUGCUUUUAAAAUCCUGUUACCAGUUGCGAGCGCGAAAUUUAACAAAGAAACUUACGGAUUAGUUCCACGAGAUAUAAUUGAAGGUGGUGGCUGGAACUGUGCCUUCGUAAUAAUAAUUGGGGAACGUCUGCUCUACGAAAUGAAGUUCCACGAGCUGGCUGGUCGGCUGACUGCCUGCCAGCCAGGCUGCCUUGUCUGCCUUGUCUGCCUUGUCUGCCUACCUCGCCAGCCUGACUACCAGCGUAUCACAGGAAUAGGAGGAAAAGAAAGGGCCGCUGUAUGGAGGAGACAGAGAAAGUUGAAAGGGAACAGAAGAAACGUUAGGCAAAGGAGGAGGAAAGAUUUAAAGAUACCAACGGUCUGAAAGAGAAAGAGAGGGAGAAUCGACCGUAUGAAAGAGACGCGGCCGAAACUACGUAUUCAAUUUCAUUGCAACGGGGAUGAAUGAGAUGUAUAUAUUUACGUGUACGAAUUGCCUCUCCGAGAAAGUAGCUUACGUUGGCUCGCCCGCCACGACGAAAUGCCAUGUACCGGCACAGCGACAUCAAAGAGUUCUUGUAAGUCCAUUCAGUUCGCUUUAUUUCCAUAGAAAUAUUCUAGCCAGCGUUAAGCACGUCCGUUUCCCGGAUCGCUCGCACCCCCGCGACUCGUCGCAGUUCGUCGCAGUCCGUCGCAGCCGGUUAUAGGCCGUCGUGAUUGCUCCCCGAACUUUCCGGAUUCGAAGGAAUUCGAGUUCCUUUCAUUUGAGUUUCGAAAUUGCGCCAUUGUCGCGGAGAUUCGAUUUAUCGCUCGCGUAUCGUGUCGCCGACCUACGGUGCACAGUUUGGUCAAACGGUCGUUUUCUGGACGAAAGUCAAUAACUUAGGAAGUGUGAGUGAUAGAUACAAAUGCUUUAGACAGAAGUUGAAAGGUACAGUGCUGAACGUAUGGUUAUAUCUUUGUUACUUUACGGGGAUAUUGUUAGGUUAUUUAAUAAUAAAACUACGAAGGGUCUAAUCAACCUGUCCGAGGAUUCUUAUUUUGCAAGUGUUUCAGUUAUAAAGGCGUUUUUGCGAAAGACUUUCAAUGGAGUCCGUAUUUGCAUAGAUACGAGACUAGGAGAUCCUUCGAAUCUCAAGAAACUUGUUCCAAUUUUUAUAAAAAGUCGAAUAAAAUUACUCUGAUCGCUCAGCAGUUUUAGUGUUAAGUGACAAUGGAUUAUUUGCGUUUCGAUUCCAACGUUAUACGAAUAGAGAAAUGGAAUUUAUUUACGCUAAAU